AUGACAAACACAAAUCCGGAUGUGCUUCUUUCCGAGGAGGAACGUGAGAGGAAGAAGAAGAAAGAAGAGAAGGCAAAAGAGAAAGAAUUGAAAAGGUUGAAGGCUGCACAAAAAGCGGAAGCAGCCAAACUUAAGGCACAACAAGGGCCUUCUAUCUCAAAAGCCAGUAAGAAGAAAACAGUAAGAGCAGAUGCAAGUGAAGAGAAUCCAGAAGACUAUAUAGAUCCAGAAACACCUUCUGGUGAUAAGAAAAAACUUUCUCAACAAAUGGCAAAGCAAUUCUCUCCUGUUGCAGUGGAGAAAUCAUGGUAUGCAUGGUGGGAGCAGUCAGGUUUCUUUGAGGCAAAUUCCAGCAGCUCUAAACCUCCUUUCACUAUUGUUCUUCCACCUCCUAAUGUGACUGGAGCUCUACAUAUUGGUCAUGCUUUAACUGCUGCUAUCCAGGAUACGAUUAUUCGUUGGAGGAGAAUGUCAGGAUACAAUACCUUAUGGGUUCCUGGAAUGGAUCAUGCAGGAAUAGCAACUCAGGUGGUAGUGGAGAAGAAAAUCAUGAGAGAGAGAAAAAUGACACGUCAUGAUGUGGGAAGAGAAAAGUUUGUAGAGGAAGUAUGGCAAUGGAAAGAGGAAUAUGGUGGGACCAUAUUGAAACAACUCAGGCGUUUGGGUGCAUCUCUAGAUUGGUCACGUGAGUGCUUUACCAUGGAUGAAAAAAGGUCAAAUGCUGUAACAGAAGCUUUUGUCAGGCUUUACAAGGAGGGUCUUAUUUAUAGAGACCUAAGGCUAGUCAACUGGGAUUGUGUCUUGAGAACUGCAAUAUCUGACAUUGAGGUGGACUACAUUGAUAUCAAAGAGAAGACACCUCUAAAGGUCCCUGGGUACAAAAACAUGGUGGAAUUCGGUGUUUUAACCUCUUUUGCAUACCCUUUAGAAGAAGAUCUUGGAGAAAUCAUAGUGGCUACAACUAGAGUUGAAACAAUGCUUGGAGAUACUGCUAUUGCUGUUCAUCCUGAAGAUCCAAGAUACACUCAUCUUCAUGGAAAGUUUGCUUCUCAUCCUUUUAAUGGCAGAAGACUUCCUAUAGUUUGUGAUGCUAUUCUUGUUGACCCUAAAUUUGGAACUGGUGCUGUAAAGAUAACUCCAGCACAUGAUCCGAAUGAUUUUGAAGUUGGAAAGAGACAUAAACUUGAGUUCAUUAACAUUUUUACUGAUGAUGGGAAGAUAAACAGUAAUGGAGGUUCAGGGUUUGUAGGGAUGCCACGUUUUGAAGCUCGUGUGGCAAUAACUGAGGCUUUGAAAUCUAAGGGGCUUUAUAAAGGGGAAGAAAAGAAUGAGAUGCGUUUAGGUGUUUGUUCUAGAAGCAAUGAUGUGAUUGAACCUAUGAUUAAGCCUCAGUGGUAUGUCAGCUGCAAUGGUAUUGCUAAAGAAGCUCUUGAUGCUGUAAUGGAUGAAAAUAACAAGAAAAUUGAUAUACUUCCAAAACAGUAUGCUGCUGAAUGGAAAAGAUGGCUUGAGAACAUUCGUGAUUGGUGUGUAUCAAGGCAGCUUUGGUGGGGCCACCGAGUUCCUGCAUGGUAUGUGACAUUGGAGGAUGAUAAACUGAAGGAGCUUGGAGCAUACAUGGAUCAUUGGGUGGUUGCUAGGGAUGAGAAAGAGGCUGAAACUGAGGCUAAAAAGGUCUUUUCAGGAAAAAAGUUUCAGUUGUCUCAAGAUCCUGAUGUUUUAGACACCUGGUUUUCUUCAGGGCUUUUCCCAUUAUCUGUAUUGGGGUGGCCUGAUGAUACUCAAGAUUUGAAGACUUUUUAUCCAACUGCUGUUCUUGAAACCGGGCAUGACAUUUUGUUCUUUUGGGUUGCUCGUAUGGUGAUGCUUGGGAUGAAAUUAGGAGGUGAUGUACCUUUCCAAAAGGUGUAUUUACAUCCCAUGAUUCGUGAUGCACAUGGGAGAAAAAUGUCAAAAUCUUUGGGCAAUGUGGUGGAUCCUAUUGAAGUCAUAUGUGGAAUUACCUUAGAGGGUCUUCACAAGAGACUAGGGGAGGGUAAUUUGGACCCUAAUGAAUUAAAGGUUGCCACUGAGGGGCAAAAAAAGGAUUUUCCUAAUGGCAUUCCAGAAUGUGGGGCAGAUGCCCUUCGAUUUGCCCUUGUCUCAUACACUGCUCAGUCUGAUAAAAUCAAUCUAGACAUACAACGUGUGGUGGGAUACAGACAAUGGUGCAACAAACUAUGGAAUGCAGUACGUUUUGCAAUGACAAAACUUGGUGACAAUUAUACCCCUCCCUCAAAAAUACACCCAAACAACAUGCCCUUCAGUUGCCAAUGGAUUCUUUCAGUUCUAAACAAAGCCACAUCAAAAACCAUAUCAUCAUUAGAAUCCUAUGAAUUCUCAGACGCAUCAACUGCAGUAUAUUCAUGGUGGCAGUUUCAGCUGUGUGAUAUCUUCAUUGAAGUAAUCAAACCUUACUUCUUUGGUGAUGAUGCAUCAAUGGCAGCUUCAAAGGCUCAUGCACAAGAUACUUUGUGGGUGUGUUUGGAUACUGGGUUAAGAUUGCUUCAUCCGUUUAUGCCUUUUGUUACUGAAGAGCUGUGGCAACGACUUCCUUCGCCUAAGCAUUGUGAAAGAGAGAAGUCUAUUAUGAUUUGUGAUUACCCUUCGGUUGUUGAGUCAUGGAGUAAUGAAAAGGUGGAAUAUGAGAUGGAGGUGGUUGAGUCUGCUGUAAAAUCACUCAGAUCAAUUAGGGCAAACAUGCCUGCACAGGAAAGAAAUGAAAGGCGAGCUGGCUUUGCAGUUUCUAGAAAGGAACAAACUACAGACUUUCUGAGACGCCAUGAAAUGGAGGUUUCAACCUUAGCCAACUUAUCCUCAUUCACGGUUCUGACUGAAAAUGAUGCUGCUCCAGCUGGAUGUGCAGUAUCAGUUGUAAACCAAUCACUUUCUGUUUAUCUAAAGCUUCAAGGAGCCAUUGAUGUCAAAAAAGAACGUGAAAAGCUCAAUACAAAGUUGACAGAGUUACAAAAGCAAAAGGAUAGUUUGAACAAGGCGAUGAGCGCUAAAGGGUAUGAAGAGAAGGUUCCGGAACAUAUAAAAGAAGAAAACAUGGCCAAACUGACAAUGUUAAUGCAACAAUUGUUGUCUUGUGAGGAAGCUACUCAGCACUUUGAACGCGAAGUGGCUGCGUCAAUUUUCAAUUUCCCAUCGGACCUCCGGCAGCACCGCUUUGCCUCCACCUUCGUCGCCUCCCUUCGCUGGCUCCGAUUCGGUUUUAUCUGUGCAAUUUCUUGUUGUGUUUUUGCUGUUGGAUUUGUGUGA